UUUGAAUCAUGCAACACUACGGAGUGAACGGAUACUCUCUCCACGCUAUGAACUCACUGAGCGCCAUGUACAACCUGCAUCAACAGGCGGCGCAACAGGCGCAGCACGCGCCUGACUAUCGGCCGUCCGUUCAUGCGCUCACCCUCGCGGAGAGACUGGCUGAUAUCAUACUUGAGGCUCGCUACGGCUCUCAACAUCGCAAACAACGCCGCAGUCGCACCGCUUUCACGGCCCAGCAACUGGAGGCGUUGGAGAAGACCUUUCAGAAAACGCACUAUCCUGAUGUCGUGAUGCGGGAGCGCCUGGCCAUGUGCACCAACCUACCCGAGGCACGCGUACAGGUAUGGUUCAAGAACCGCCGUGCAAAGUUUCGUAAGAAGCAGCGAAGCCUCCAAAAAGAGCAACUGCAGAAGCAGAAAGAUGUCUCUACAGAUGGGCCCCUAGCAACAAACGAUAAGGACGAUGCCCCUUCCAGCAUAAAUCUUGAGAACCAGCCACCUUCAUCCUCCUCCUCUUCCUCCUCCAUGGAAGCAGAAGCGGCUCCUCACGCACUGGGAUCAGAACUUAGCGUUGAGCUUAAUGUGACAUCGGCAGAGCAGUCAGGCAGCGAGUCGGCCACAGAGGACAACACAACUGACAAGGAAGAGGAAAUAAAACAGCACAGAGAAGAUCUGAAGGUUGAGAAAGAACCAGCACCUGGAAACCUUUCCCCACUUUGCAAACGUCUCAGCCCCAAACCAGAUUCUCCUCUUGGCUCCCCGGCUAUCUCAUCUUCCUCUAGCGGGGUGACCGGCGGGAUCUCUCAGAGUCACUCAUACUCCUCGUCACCGCUCAGCCUCUUCCGUCUGCAGGAGCAGUUUCGCCAGCACAUGGCAGCUACCAACAACCUGGUUCAUUAUCCGUCUUUCGACAUGGCGACCCCAUCGUCUAUACCAUACCUGGGCAUGAAUGUCAACAUGCCAGCACCCCUGGGCUCCCUCCCCUGUCAGUCCUACUAUCAGUCCCUAUCUCACCAUGCACAACAGGUUUGGAACAGCCCUCUGCUGCAGGCCUCUGGAGGCCUUCCUAGCCACAACAGCAAGACCACCAGCAUUGAGAACCUACGCUUGCGGGCGAAGCAGCACGCAGCAUCACUGGGCCUGGACACGCUGCCCAACUGAGCAGGAGACUGAAACCUACCUGAGCAAGGGAACAUCUCUCUACCACAGCUA